AUGACAAUGAAAGACAAACCCCAGUAUCCCUUUACCAUCAGCAGCGAGGUAGAUCGUCUCCAAAAGCAACACACCUGGAUCAACCAUGUCCUCAAGAACAAGAUUGUCUUCGCCCCAGUGCCACUUGACAAAGAAGGACUGAAGAUUCUGGACGUCGGAUGUGCAGAUGGAAUUCUACUUCGUGAUAUACAAAAGCAAGUUCCUUCAUCUGCUCAGCUUGUCGGUGUAGAUAUCGAAGACAGCUUCUUUCCUGUAUCCGACAGCGGCAUUAAAUAUGAGGUAUACGACCUUUGCGAGUCGCCCAACGAGGGACUCACUGAGGUUUUUGACCUGACGCAUAUGCGAUAUGUCAUGGCUGCCGCUGGGAGAGUCGGCUAUCAGAAGGCAGUCGAAAACCUGGUUGCCACUCUCGCGCCAGGAGGCUGGCUGCAGGUACAUGAGCUAGACUUCAGUCUGGAUGGCAGAUCUGAUGCAGGUCCAGCCUGGAAGGAUGUCAACACUGUCUUCGGAGGAAUGUUUGAUGCCAUGGGAAUGGGUUCAGACUUUGUUAGCAAACUGCCCGAGGCAUUCAAAACCGCAGGGCUCGUGAAUGUUUCUUCCGAGACCAUUCUUCUGCCCACAGGUAAACUGUUGAACGACGAAGAGCUUGCCGAGAAGUCACGACAGGCUUUUGUCAUGACCAUCCCAAACAUCAUCCAGGGGGCCAAGAUGUUCAAAGCUGAUAUUCCGGAGUCCACGUACGAGAAUCUGCCUGAGAGAUUUGAGAAGGAAGUUAAGGAGCAGGGUGCGGUAUUUCGAACCAAGAUUAUCAUUGGACAAAAGCCUGCCUAA